UAAUUUUUUAAUCCUUCUCAGAAAAGCCCAUUUUCUUUUCACAUUCUGUAUAUGACUUACUAUGAUGACCAACAGUGAAGAAAUCGAAACUCCCGCCGAGAUACAUGAGUUAUCCCUUUCACCCCAACCAACCCCGCCUGCCUCCCCCGACAUCAUCCCCGCAUCUGACGAAGAUGCUGACCAUCCAAUCCCCCCUGAUAACACAGCAAACUCCUCCCAACCCCAAACUUCCAUCCACGCCAGCUUCCCCUGAUCUUACCCUUAGUUUUGUUUAUUUUUUUUUUUUUUUUGUAAAUAUGAUCCCCCCUUUCUCGACUACUGUUUGAACAUGCAUAAUAAAAUAAUAUAAAAAUAAAUGGGGAUAAAAGGAACUCUAAUGCCGCCCGCCCCUACCUCUCACCCACGCCCUCACGCCUCUCACCCUACCUUCCACCCUUACUUCCUCACUCCUACUUUUGCUUUAAGUUUAAACAAUCUAAGCCCCCCCCCCCCUACAGUCUUAUCAUAAUGGGAAAAAGCAAGGAAAAAAACUAAAUCAUUCCCUCUCAUAUCUCCCCGCACAGAAUCGACCCCGAUGAAAAAUCAAGGAUGGGUGACUCCAACAAUGACCUCUGGCCUGAGCAUGAAAUUUUAACGGAAGAAGAAAUUGAAGAGGUUUUCCGGCAGAUUGACAGCGCAGCCGUUGACUUAUGACCACCACAUGAAAUUUUGACGAAUGAAGACCUGCAUCAACUGUUUGCGCAGAUUGACGUCGUCAACAAUGACCCAAGGGUGCCACGUGAACUUUUGAAUCUGCAGCAGCAGCCAAGCGCAGAAAUCAACAAAAGGAAGCAAGAGGAAGAAAUCCAGUGAAGUGUAUCUAUUGUUUUUUGACAAUAAUUCAUCGACAGCUCUAAUGAAGGUACCUACCUAAAAAAUGAAUUCUUCACGAUACAUUUCUAUUGAAGGAGGCAUUUCCGCAGGGAAGUCAACAAUCCUCAAAGACCUCGACGAUUUACUCGAAAAAUUCUAUCCUGGAGAAGCUGAGAUAGUACCUGAGCCGCUUAAUUUAUGGACCAAUUAUCGUGGCUACAAUAUGUUAGGGCUAUAUUAUAGUAACCCAGCUGAGUACUGUUUCCAAUUUCAAAGUGUUGCGUUACAGACUUUAGCGAAGUCUCAAAAAGAUAAAAAAUCCCUCUCAGUUAUCACAGAAAGAAGUUUAGAUAGUAGCAUUAAUAUAUUUGCGAGAAGUGCACUGAAUAGAGGACAUCUAUCCAAUAGCGAGUUUCAAAUUCUUUCAGGUUUGAAGGAGCUAAUGUGUGAGGAAUUCAAACUUAAAACUGAUCGAAUUAUUUACUUAAAAACUGACCCUGAAGUCUGCUUUGAAAGGAUGAAAUUGCGGAACCGAAAGGAAGAGAAUGAAGUACCGUUAGAAUAUUUACAGGAAUUACAUUUAUUACAUGAGGAGUGGCUCAGCAAAGAACCUAACGCCAUCACAGUAGAUGCGAAUCGAGAGAAGGAUGAAGUUGAUGUAUCAGUCACUUGGUGGUGA